UAUAGUUAACUCAAUCAUAAGUUAAGAACAGAAUACGUUGUCCUAUUGGUUAAAACUUGUCUGUGAUAAAGGCAAAUAUAAAAUCAUAAUUCUCAAUUAAUUUAUUUCAAGUUUUGCUCAGUUUACAAGCACUUUUGAAACGUCAGUUGAAUAUCUGUUUGAAGAUUUUUUUGUUGAAGAUUCUACCACUACACUACACAUAAUAAAAUAUAUGAGAAUAAACAAUAUGACGUGGUACCUCUAUUGGAUUAUGGUUUUAUUUGCGAGUGCUAAUACAAAAGGAUCAACGGUGGCAUCUUCAUCAGUAAACAAUUAUGAACGAUAUCCAAACUCAAGCUCUUGGACAAAUGAAACCAACGAAGGAAAUAAACUGCCACAUAGCACUAAAAAUAUUAUUAAAAGAUCUCCCAGUCCGUAUGAAGGAGAACCAUACCAAAACAAUUUGUCAUCUGGAAAUAGAUAUGCAUUUUCUCGGAGUAACCAAUGUUACACGGCAAGCUUGCUGCCUACACCAGAAAGUCUUUGCUGCGGUAUAAGCACUCCUUUCCUCGAUGGUACUGCCACAGAUCGCCCAAAUGAUGUGUUCCCAUGGUCAGUCUUUCUGAGUUCAACAUUCAAGGAUGACAAAAAUAAUGUGCUAUCAAUAUUCAGCUGCGGGGGAGCCCUAAUUAGUCGUCAUCAUGUCCUGACCGCCGCUCAUUGCGUCAAACGACCAAAUGUUACAUUAGUAAAGGCAGAAGUGGUACUCGCAAUGUAUGGCAGCGGUUGUGGUCUUCGAGCGAUGCCUAACAAUCCAUUUGAAAUUGUUCCCGAUUGUACAUCCCCAAAUAUUUUGGUUGAAAAUGUUUAUGUUUACGACCAUUAUCAAAGUGAAAAGCUUUCAUAUAAACACGACAUAGCAGUCUUAAAGCUGGAGAAUUAUACAUCUGCACAAUAUGUGGCACCUAUUUGCCUCCCGAAAUUCAACAUAGAAGAAAAGAAGCAACUUUUUGCAGAUGAACCGAUAUUUGCAGCGGGAUGGGAUCGAGUGAGGAAUCUAUAUGGAUACUACGCUCGCGACUUGGGCAUCGACGGAGACAAUUUUAUGAAACUGGCAACACUGGUCUACCACGUACCACGUACCGAAUGCCUGCAAAAGUAUCCGCUAUUAAGUUUAUCGCACAUCUGCGCAGCUAGCGCUACGGGUGUAAAGAUACGUGAAGGAGACUCUGGAAGUCCCCUUAUGAUGAUGUACGAACAGAAUUAUUAUGUGAUUGGUGUAGUUAGCGCAGUAAGAGAUGUCCAAGAUGGUGGCAAGGCAUUGCCGUCGCUGUUUACAAAUGUGUACCGUUAUUUCUCAUGGAUUAAUAAAAUUGUAAAACAUUAAAAUGCAUUAAUUUUGUUAGAAUAAUAGCAACAUUAAACACUAAUUAUAUCUGUGGCUGAACUAACUUUUAUAUUGUCUGUGACAGCCGUCUCUCUUAUCUAUGUUAAUGGUUGUAAAAAGUUCUAGAAAUAAAACGUGGUUUAAGAA